AUGACUGAGGAAGAUCCGAAGGUCCUUUGGGACUCACUGAAGGAUCGCUAUGGCCAUCAAGUAAAGGCUUUGCUCCCAAAAGCAAAACGUGAGUGGCUUCACUUACGUUUCCAGGAUUACAAUUCUGUGGAGCAAUAUAACUUAGUUCUUCACCGCAUUGUCACUUGUCUUAAGCUAUGUGGAGAGAAAAUCACUGAUGCUGACAUGAUAGACAAAACUUUGUCCACCUUCCAUGCCAAUCAUGUGAAUAUUCAGAGGCAAUACCGCCAGGCUAAAUACGAGAAGUAUUCUGAACUGGUCUCCGUGCUCUUGGAAGCGCAAGGAGAAGAUGAGACACUUGUUGAAAAUCAUACGUCUCGCCCCACUGGAAGUUCAGCAGCACCCAAAGCAAAUGCUAGCUCCUUUAAGAAGGGGAAAAACCAGAAUAACCAGAACAAAGGAAAGAAUUUAUGGAAAAAUGGUGGCAAAGUAAACAAGACAUCUUUCAAGAAGAAAGGAAAUCAGAACAGUAAGUCUAAGAAGGGCUCUACUAGUGGUGAAUAUGGAAAGCAAGAUCAGGUAUGCGUCAAGUGUGGCACUAGGGGACACUGGUCUCGCAUUUGCCGCACCCCUAAGCAUCUCAUUGAGCUUUAUCAAGAGAAGCACGGGAAGAAGAAGUCAGAGCAUGAGUCACACUUCACUGUUGAGAUCCAGAACUCAGAGCAGAAGAUGGCUGCCAUGCAAAUCGACAAGAAGGUCGAUAAGAAGGCAGUGGUUGCAAUGCACAUCGAUGAUAAGAUGGAACAGAAUGCAGCAGACGCAGAGCUGAAGCUCUCAGAUGAUCUCAUGGACUCUGAUCAGUUAUAUGGGGACAUUUAA